AUGUUGGCGGAAUACAGUAGAGAAUUAUCGCAGCAACGUGCUGGUGUUACGGAAAAUUCCCAGCCGAGUUCUGGAUCAGGUGGUAAUAAUGGGUUAUGUAGAAAUCUGGAUGGUGCUGUUUACAUGUCAGCAUGUGCUACAAAAAUGGAUACUAUAGUUUUCAUGCAUAAAUGGAGUGUUGCACAGUUCUCGGCGCAACAAGAAUUGUCAUCACCUGGCGAUUUCAUCGAGUCAAACAUGUUUGGUUCUACAGACAGUGAUUAUCGAUUUCGACUGAAACUAUUUCCUUGCGGUAAAGAUGAAGAAUGUCGAGGAUAUCUUUCCUUAUUUCUUCAAAUUUUCAAAUGUCCAUCUGCAAAACUGCGUUUUCGAGUAAAUUUCUACAUUGAAGCUGCGGAUGGUCCGCGAGGAUGUGCAUUGAACAAAAGUGUUGUCACUAUCAAUCGUGGUGGGAUUGUUACUGCAUCAAAAUUCUUUUCUACUGAAACUUUGAAGAGUCGGGUUGCUAAAUUUUUACCGGAUGAUAUCUUAACUGUUGGUGUAGAGUUGACCGUGUACGGGGACUAUAAUUGUACUGAUAUUGAACCUGAUCUGGAUGUUUUUUGUGGGAGUAAUGGUUCUCCAAUAUCUGGAAUUGCUUUGGGCAUUAGUGAUGAAGUUAGAACACGCCUUGAUCCUCAUUUUAUAGGACGUGAUGUGGGACAAUUGCUAGAUAGUGGCGACUUUUCAGAUUUCACUCUUCACGUAGGUCGGCGUUCCUUUAAAUGUCAUAAAGCAAUUCUAUCAGCACGAUCACCUUUCUUCCAGGCCAUGUUUAGAGAUCAGAGUAAUCAGGAAAGCGUGAGUGGAGAGGUAAAUUUGGAAGAUAUAACUCCAGAAACGAUGGCAUGUGUACUGGAAUACAUUUACAAGGAUAACUGUUCUGAAUCAUCAAAGCGAAUGCUAGAGAUCUUAGCCGCUGCAGACCGAUUUUGCCUAGAUCGUUUGAAAAGCUUGUGCCAAGAGAUUUUGGUAAGAGAUCUAUCACCGAACAAUUUUUGUGAACGUCUUCGAGCUGCAGACAUGUAUAAUGCUUCUAUCUUAAAGUGGAAAAUUUUGAAUUUACUGCAAAAACAUCGCAACUACAUCAUUGAUAAUGAGGAUUGGGUCGCGCUAGAAAAUGAGUGUCCGUAUUUGGCAGCAACGGUUGUAAGGCAUAUGUUAUCUACUGACAGUGUCGGUAAUCUAUUAUCGAGUUCCUCUACCAACAUAAGUAAUUCAAAUCAGUAUAACGAAGCAAUAUCAGUCAAAAAACCACGGCUCGGCUAA